GAUGAAACCUAUGAAACGCGAUAGUUUUUGAGCUGCCCUGAAACUUACAAUCACAGCAGCACAGCAGCAGCACCAACUGCAACAAUGGCAGCUUUCCGUAGAGUGGCAGCACUGGCCGGCAGGCUAAACCUGUGGUCGGGGACAAGAAGCGAGCUAAUCGUUGGUCAAACGGCUAAUGUAGCCAGGACACGGAGAUGCCUGGCAGUCGGGAUGUGCGUUGCAGCGGGAGGCGCCAUGGCACUUUACUUCUACAAAGAUAUGACGAGCGGCACAGGCAGGAAGAGGAUUAGGAGGGACAGCAUCAACGGGUUGCUGCCGUCCAUCCCGACCGUCGCGGCCAAAGAGAGAGCACGUCCGUAUGACUUUGAGGAUGGAGAUGUGUACAUGUCUUCCCAUGAGUACCGUUUUCGCAUUUUCAGCUCUGUGGAGUAUGAUGGACAACUGUACAUGACCCCACAGAACUUCAUCGAGUCGGUUACCAUGAGUGAACCAAGAAACAAGAGGCCCUGGAGGUCCCUGACCAAACAGGAGCUGGAGAAGAUCUUGUCUGACACUCCCCCAGUAUGGAGAGGAUCCUCCAAACUGUUCCGCAACCUCAGAGAACGAGGCAUCAUCUCUUACACAGAGUACCUGUUCCUGCUCUGCAUCCUGACAAAGCCUCAUGCUGGCUUUAAGAUUGCUUUCAAUAUGUUUGAUGCAGACGGCAACCAGAUGGUGGACAAGAGGGAGUUCCUGGUGCUUCAGGAGAUCUUCCGGAAGAAAAAUGAGAAGAAAGGAAGGAAAGGAGAUGCUGAGAAGUCAGCACAGUUGAGUAUGCAGCUGUAUGGAUAUCAGGUUGCUCCCAUGAACAGCGUUCUUAAAAAAGACAGUCAGGAGUUUGUGGCACGGAGUUACUGGGACGUUUUGCGGCGAAGCGCCAGUCAAGUCCUCUUUUCUGACCUGGCUGAGCGAUCAGAUGACAACAUCACAAUUGACACCACACUGUUGGUUCAUUUCUUUGGAAAGAAAGGAAAAGCAGAACUUACCUUUGAUGACUUCUACAGGUUUAUGGAUAACCUCCAGACAGAGGUGUUGGAAAUAGAGUUUCUCACUUACUCAAAAGGGAUGACCACCAUCAGCGAAGAAGACUUUGCCAAAAUCCUGCUGCGGUUCACUAAUGUGGAGAACAUCAGUGCGUACCUGGAGAAUGUACGCCAGUCUAUUCCUGAUGAAAAGGGAAUCACCUUUGAUGAGUUCAGAUCAUUCUUCCAGUUUCUCAACAACCUUGAGGACUUUGCCAUUGCCAUGCAGAUGUACAACUUUGCUUCACGUUCCAUUGGACAAGAUGAGUUUGCAAGAGCAGUUUACGUAGCCACAGGGCUCAAGCUAACACGCCACCUCGUGAACACAAUCUUCAAAAUCUUUGAUGUUGAUCAUGAUGAUCAGCUGUCAUACAAGGAGUUCAUCGGCAUCAUGAAGGACCGGCUGCACAGGGGAGCCAGGGGUUAUAAAGCAAUGGAGCGAGCCAUCUCUUUUAGAUCCUGUUUGAAGAAGGAGCUUGCAAGCAGCAGGUGAAGGGCCAACACCACACCUCCUUCUCCAGGUGUGUUCGUGCUGAGGCCAGAAGACAAGUGUACCAUUUAUGGGAGACGCUGAAGAAGCCAUAGAGGACAGAAUUAAUCAGAUUGAGCUGACUGUUGUUUGUCAGCGGCCUCAGUUAGCAGCAUUGUUGUUCAAAGCACUGAUCUCCAGUCAACCUUCGAACCAGAUAUAUCAUAUAUCAAAGCAUGAUCACACUUACUGAUGCUGAUUCUAAGCCAUUUCCUUCCUGUUAUAGUUACUGUUUUCAUAGCUAUAUGUCUUGAUCUGAUGCUUAGCAUCCAAAGUGUGAUGUAUAGUGUAUUAAAGCAAAAAUGCACUAAAGAGAGUUGAACUUUGUCCAUGGAUGGAUAAGCACUGCAACAGAUAAGAAGUAUACUGUUAUUAAUAUUUUUUGUUUUUUAAUGAAACAAUUUUUUUUAUCUCUUUAUUGUUUUAACUAUUUAACAUCUUUAUUUUUUUUAAGUUACAACAAUCAGAUGUCACUUUUAUUCAUCAAAUGAUGCAACAUAAAUCUAUAACUGGUCCAACUGUUGCUGUCAUUGCAAAGUAACUGCAAAAUAUUGCAAUGAUCACUUUUCUUGUACUGUAUGUCAUUUAUAUAAUGUACUUCCUUUAUAUUUUUAAAUGUCUUGUAAGAUAGAUAGAUAGAUAGAUAGAUAGAUAGAUAGAUAGAUAGAUAGAUAGAUAGAAUCUAAGUUAAAUAUAUAGAAACAAAAAUAUCAUUUUGUAUUUGUCAGAUAUUUAGUGAAGUAAUUAUUUAGCAUGAAUAAAGAUUUUAUGACAUGCGGAGUGUGUCGUUUCCACUGGGCAUGCGCAACAAAAUCGUUUGAAAUCUCCUGCUUCGUUAAACUAUUAUUUUAACUUGUUUUUUAAAACGCGUUCCUGCUUAUACUGGUAAGUCUGUAUUAAUUAUUUGUUUAAUUUAGUUAUUUUUUAUUUGCCAAGAGUAGGAGGAAAAGUUGACAAAAUAGAAGUUAGACGACGUCUAACUUGACGUUACCCGACAUUCUAUAGCUAACAGCGACUUUAACAAACCUGCUUUGUGUAUUUUUUGCGUCUUUGCUGUAGUAUUUAAAUACUAGAUGAAUUCUACACAAACCAAUACAAACGUUUGAGUUUAAGUGAGACACUUGUAAGAACUUUGGUUAUCAGACUUUAUGUAAAAUUAUGCAAAUUGCCUUCAUCAGUCAAGCGUUGCAUGAGCCUAAUACUAUUCUGUAGGUGUUUUUGUUUGUUUUUUUAUUCUAAAACAAACAAAAUUUUCAACAUAUUUAUCAACAUUAACUAAUGAAAUGCUGCCAUCGUGUGUCACAUCAGACCACUGGUAAACCUGAAUACUGUGGACGAUCUUGAUUGAUGCUGUGGCAAAAAUAUUAUGAAUAGCUUUCCUUUCAGCAUGGUAUAUUUAUGAUUUUUGCGUCUCAAUAAACGUGUUUCUGCUAGCAUAAAAAAAUCAUUCAGUGGUUAAGGAAAUCCUUAAAAAAGGGUGGUUGGUCGGGAUAAGCGGAACUCUGUGUCUUUGCCAGUUUGCGCUUCGGAUCAUAAAAAUGACGGACCGCGUUACUUUGUGUGUGUGUGAAAACUUCAAAUUAAUACUAUUUCUGUUAUCUUAAAAAAAGCUCAAGUCUUCGUUUUUUCUAUAUACUACUUGUGCUAAUUUACACAAUAGAUUGUGAACAUUUACAAACAACCAAGACAGCAGUUAAACUGCUUACUGUGUGUUAUGGUAGCCUCAAAGGAUUCUGGGUAAUUGUUUAAAUCGAUGUCGAGAUUUUAAAAUUUGGUUUCAAAGUCGUCCGAGCAAAAGCGGCUUUACCGACGUUGUGUAGUUCUUUUCUUUUUCAUUAACUGAUCUUUUUUGUAUGCUUGGCAGAGGAAAUGCACCAUCACAGAAGGUGGUUUUUGCGUGAAUGGCACCCUGUUUCUGCCUGUUUGGAAGUUAAGACUAUACUUUCAGGGAUCAUUUCUAUAGUUUUUGACUUGAGAAAUGUGUUUCUAACUUGUAUGGUCUCGCUAACCACGAUGAUGAGUCGUGAUAUUCCUUUCUGAGCGCGAAGCGGGUAGAAGGUAAUGAUUCAGUUCAUACGCCUUCUGUCAUUGAUGACCGUUCAUUACUUCCUAGUGGAGUAUUGAGGGAAGGAAUAUGAUCAGAGUGG